AUGAUGGCCCCAAGACCAAUUCUGGAUGAGAUGCCCCUUCACAUCAAGCAGAAAAUUUAUGGAGAACUGGAUUUCAUCUCGAGGUACGUUUGAAGUGAGUCAGUACAGUUCCAUACUGAUUCUUCUCAUUUCAGAUGCAACUUUCGCAAAUCGUGCAGCGCGAACCGACGAGUUUCAACAAACUGCGAGUUGUUCACCGAAUGCCUCGACCUGCAAGUCAAAGACGAUUGUAUUGAGUGGAAAUUGGACCAGGAAGAGUUUUCGAACGUCUGGGUCAUAUAUCAUGAGCACGCGUUGGGAUGCCGCAUCGAGACGAACAUCGACAGCUUGUGGAUGGAUGAUCAGAUCGUCGAAGGGAUCAACUUUCUGGAUCUGGCGCUCGCCGACUUCGGAGCGAUCAUCAGAAACAAGGAACUGAUCGCGGACAGCUUCAGAGUGGAAGUUCAUCCGGAAGCUCUCGGACUCCUGGAGACCAUCAAGGGACUUCUCAGCAGCCUGGGCCACAAGCUCCAUGUUUGUGUGUUCGAACUGAGGUUUGAAGGAGAGCACGAGGUGGUCGAAUCGUUUAUUCCCUUCCUGAAACCCGAGAUUCUGAAAGCGAUAUUCUUCUGGAAUUGUGGACGGGAAAGGAAUCCGUUGGACCUGGAUCGGUACCUGGAGAUGGACCAACUGAAAUCGGUUGAAGUGCUGGAGUCGAGCCGAUUCCGAACGAACGCGAGGAUGGAGAAGUGGUGGCACAUUCCCCACGUGUCACUCGAAAUGAGAGAAUUGUCUGCCGACAGCUCCCGCACCCUUAUAACGGUCAGUUUGGGAACAUCAUUGACAUGUUCAAUUUCCGUAAUCUAUUCCUUUUUCAGCAUUUCGUCGAGACCAGAUCGGUAACUUAUAUGUGUCUGAACUGCGAGGAGAUGGACGUGGAAGAAGUGAAACGUCGUCUGGACCCCAAUUUCAUAGUCGACACGAGAUAUCCGAGCGUGCUGAGGUACAAGCUGAGCGAUCCCUACGAGGAAAUGAAGGUUACCAUCGAGCGAUACUUCAUUCAACUCACAAAACUAUUAAUAUCAUAA